CCCUCCCGCCACGUGCUCGCGGUGCCUCCCGGCGGGCGCGCGCGCUCGGGCACGCGCGCUCCGGCACGCUGGCUCAGCCUUAUAAAGGGCGUACGGCGCGGCGCGCGCUCCACUCCGCAGAGGAUACCUCCUCCGGUCGGCUAGUGUCGUGCGCUUGCGCAGUGAGGGCUGCUCCCGCCCCCGGCCCCGCCGCCGCCUCUCCGCCGGCCGGCCCGGCCCCGCCUCGGCUCCGGCCAUCGCCGCGCUCUCAGUCCCUGCUGGUCUGCCCGCAGCAGCCAGCCCCGUGUCCAGAAGCAUGUUCAGCUGGGUCAGCAAGGAUGCCCGCCGCAAGAAGGAACCGGAGCUCUUCCAGACAGUGGCCGAGGGUCUGCGGCAGCUGUACGCGCAGAAGCUGCUGCCCCUGGAGGAGCACUACCGCUUCCACGAGUUCCACUCGCCGGCCCUGGAGGAUGCCGACUUCGACAACAAGCCCAUGGUGCUCCUGGUGGGCCAGUACAGCACGGGCAAGACCACCUUCAUCCGGCACCUGAUCGAGCAGGACUUCCCUGGGAUGCGCAUCGGGCCCGAGCCCACCACCGACUCGUUCAUCGCGGUCAUGCACGGCCCCACCGAGGGGGUGGUGCCCGGCAAUGCGCUCGUGGUCGACCCGCGGCGCCCCUUCCGCAAACUCAACGCCUUCGGCAACGCCUUCCUCAACAGGUUCAUGUGUGCCCAGCUGCCUAACCCCGUCCUGGACAGUAUCAGCAUCAUCGACACACCCGGGAUCCUCUCCGGGGAGAAGCAGCGCAUCAGCAGAGGGUAUGACUUUGCGGCCGUCCUGGAGUGGUUCGCCGAGCGUGUGGACCGCAUCAUCCUGCUCUUCGACGCCCACAAGCUGGACAUCUCCGACGAGUUCUCGGAAGUCAUCAAGGCCCUGAAGAACCACGAGGACAAGAUCCGCGUGGUGCUGAACAAGGCGGACCAGAUCGAGACCCAGCAGCUGAUGCGGGUGUACGGAGCCCUCAUGUGGUCCCUGGGGAAGAUCAUCAACACGCCCGAGGUGGUCCGCGUGUACAUCGGCUCCUUCUGGUCCCACCCACUGCUCAUUCCCGACAACCGCAAGCUCUUCGAGGCUGAGGAGCAAGACCUCUUCAAGGACAUCCAGUCCCUGCCCCGCAACGCUGCCCUCCGCAAGCUCAAUGACCUCAUCAAGCGGGCGCGGCUGGCCAAGGUCCACGCCUACAUCAUCAGCUCGCUCAAGAAGGAGAUGCCCAACGUCUUCGGUAAGGAGAGCAAGAAGAAGGAGCUGGUCAACAACCUAGGCGAGAUCUACCAGAAGAUCGAGCGUGAGCACCAGAUCUCCCCCGGCGACUUCCCCAGCCUGCGCAAGAUGCAGGAGCUCCUCCAGACUCAAGACUUCAGCAAGUUCCAGGCCCUGAAACCCAAGCUGCUGGACACGGUGGACGACAUGCUGGCGAAUGACAUCGCCCGGCUCAUGGUGAUGGUGCGGCAGGAGGAGUCCCAGAUGCCUUCCCAGGCGGUGAAGGGCGGCGCCUUCGACGGCACCAUGAACGGGCCCUUUGGGCAUGGCUACGGCGAGGGUGCCGGUGAGGGCAUCGACGACAUCGAGUGGGUGGUGGGCAAGGACAAGCCCACCUACGACGAGAUCUUCUACACCCUGUCGCCCGUCAACGGCAAGAUCACGGGGGCCAACGCCAAGAAGGAGAUGGUCAAGUCCAAGCUGCCCAACACGGUGCUGGGGAAGAUCUGGAAGCUGGCCGACGUGGACAAGGACGGGCUGCUGGACGACGAGGAGUUCGCCCUGGCCAACCACCUCAUCAAGGUCAAGCUGGAGGGCCAUGAGCUGCCCGCCGACCUGCCCCCACACCUGAUCCCACCCUCCAAGCGGAGGCACGAGUGACCGCCCCCCGCCCAGCCAUCCCAGUGUCCAUCCAGGCAGGCAGAGGCCGGGAGGCCGAGACUCAGGGUGGGAGGGGAGGGCUCACCAGUUCUCAAGGUCCAUAAAGACUGAGCCACGCUUCCUCAGCUCUUGAACAGGAAAAGCACCAUCUUUCUUUAAGGCUGUUCCUGGGCCACCGCGGGAGGCAGGGGUGAUGCUCCUAUGUGAAUGAUGGAAUUUUGUGCACAAGAACUAUGGAUAUUUUUAAUAUAUAACGUUAGAGGCGGUAUUCUUUUCUUGCCUCCGCCUCUGUCCGGCAGCCCCCACACACCUCAGUUCUCACCCCCCUCCUGCCCACCCCCGUGCCCCGCGGCUCCGGACAGCUGCAUGGGGCAGUGACUG